AUGGCCAACCACCCCGAUUAUCGAUACAUCACCAUUUCCCUUGACCGACUCGAAAGAUUGCCGGUUGAUGAUGACAUUUCCUCAUCGUUUCCCUCGACCAUCGACGAGUCAAUCAUCGCGGAGGAGGACCCUGUUCCAGACACGUCCACGGCCCUAAACCCGCCAGGUCUAGCCGAUUUCCCCCCUUCAAAUUCUCAAUCGAUGGUCCCCAAUCUCAACGUGGAGGGGACCGAAGUCGACCGGCUCCUGGCCGAGAUUUCCGGGCGUGCUUUGCUGCCUCCUGGCGUGCCAGCACCAUCCAUUCGAUCGACCCCCUUCGAUGAAGCAGCUGGGAGAGAGCGGAUCUUUGCCAUGGCCUUCCCGACUCUCUACCCUACGGGUCGAGCCGAUUUUAACGCCGCCCGACAGCGAAAGGUUAAUUUGAACGAUUACGCUCGACAUCUGAUGUGUUAUCACGAUGGGAGAUUCGGCCGGCAUCCCCGCUGGCGGUUUUUGAUCUUCAACCUCCUGAUGCGGCGAAGGGCGAGCAAUUCAGCCCGUUUUUAUGUGUCGAAGGCAUCGGGCUUAAAGGAUCUAACCCGUGAAGCGUUAACGGAGGCCUUGCUGACGGACGAGUCGCUCCUCCCUCGGAUUGUUCGUCAGGGUUCGACGUUAACUGGGACUCGCCCGUGCUGGAGAAAUAAGGGGACUGGGCUGCAAGCGCAAGCCCGCUUUCUCCUGCCCGGAAUGUCGCCGGUAUUUCUCACCUUCCCGGUGGUGACGCAGGAGGUCUCCCAUCUCCUUCUACAGAUUCCGGUUCAGCAUUCGUCGCGGGGAGUCGUCAGCCUCGAUUGCCGGCCCGAAGAAGUACAAGAUGACCUGAUUGUCUUGGAGUCGGGUGACAUUUCGGCCAGGCGAUCGGUCUUACGAAGGUAUCGAGAUCGUCCGACCGAUACAAGAAACGGGAACGCCGCCCUUCCGGGCCUCGGUCUUUUGAGCUGCCUCCAGUUCUGGGAUUGGCUGACGUGGAAGAUCCGGCCGCGGGCGAGUUCACGGGUCAUCAACUACUACCCUAGGUAUUCGAACGAUCCGAAAUAUUGCCGCGUCAAACUGAUGCUCCAUCACCCAUUUACGGACUGGCCCGAUCUCCUCUCCGUCGAGAACGAGAGCUACGGAUCAUAUAUCGACGCAUUUCGGGCCUGUCGACGUUUACAGACACACCCGCCAGACUUCUACGACGACCCGUCGGACUCGAAUUCGGGCGAUGAGGAUCCCCCGGAGGAGGCCGAAAAUGAAUAUCCCCUUGCUGACUUCGAGGCUUUUGCGCGCCGGCGGCCGGGAGCAGAUAUUCCCACUCAUGGGGACUUGCUUGACGGUUUAGGGAGUCGGGAAAUCGACCGUGCGUAUGACUGGUCGACGCAUAUCGGGCGGUAUGGUGAUCUACGUCCAGAUGUCUGGGAGCAAAUCAAGGCCGAAAAUCCGAUUGAGCUGUCGAUAGAUGUGAAUUCCUCGCCCGAACCAUUGAAUCUAGAGCAGAAAGAGCUCUAUGACACGAUCGUCACCCACUACAUGAAUGAGAUCAGCCUCACGCGACUCUUGCGAGCGGUCGGCUCCCAACGAUGA